AAAUCACUGCCUCCGACUGACUCCUUGUGAAACUCCUGCAGGGGAACCCUGACUUUUCUGUCCCCUCCUCUCCGUCUCUCCAAGCCGUGCCAAGGCUCUGUACGUGUAAACAGACAUGAUCAUUCACUGGUGAAGAAAACCCCGGAGAAAUUAUCCCGAAAUCGUAUUUGGUUGGAGAAACAGAGGGCAUAAUAAAGAAUAAGCACAAUGGCCCCUACAAACGUUAAAGAAACCUGGCUUUCAUUUUGUUUCUGUGUAGUUUUGGUUGCUCCGGUUCUGGUCGAAGCCCAGUAUGAGAAAUAUAGCUUUAAGAGUUUCCCACAGAACGACCUAAUGCCACUUGAAUCUGCGUAUGGACAUGCUCUGGACCAGUAUGCAGCGCAGAACUGGAGGGACAGCAUCAAGUACCUGGAAUUGAGUUUGCGUCUUCACCGGCUCCUGAAAGACAGCGAAGCAUUUUGCAGCCAGAACUGUAGCACUGUCAGUCGGGACAAUGAUACCCUCUUCGCGGACAGCAGUCUCCGCAUCAUGCGGCAUUUCUUACUCCGGGCUUCAUGCCUUAAAAAGUGCAAAACAACAUUUCCAGUGUUUACAGUAGCCUACCCAAAGAGAGAUGUUCUGGAAGCCUUUGAGAAGAGGGUACCCUACCGGUACAUACAAUAUGCUUACUACCAGUUAAACAACAUAGAGAGGGCCGUGUCAGCGGCCCACACAUUCCUCCAGAAGAACCCAGAAGACCCCUUCAUCUCCAAGAACAUGAACUACUACAAGACCCUGUUUGAGCUGGACGAGUACCUCAUCGACCACGAGGAGCGGCCCUACGAGCCUGUGUUCCUGAAGGCUGUGAAACUGUAUAACUCUGGAGAUUUCAGCGCCAGUACUCGGGACAUGGAGCAGGCCACUACGGAGUACCUCAAAAUGUACGACCUCUGCCUGGCAGGCUGCGAAGGGUCAUAUGAGGUCACAGAGUACAAAGACUUCUACCCUACACUGGCAGAUCUCUACACGGAAGUUCUGAAGUGUAAAGUGAAGUGUGAGGAGAACCUGAAGCCCAACGUCGGUGGUUUCUUUGUGGAAAAGUUUGUGGCUACCAUGUACCACUACCUUCAGUUUGCCUACUAUAAACUGAACGACGUGCGUAACGCGGCUCCGUGUGCGGCCAGCUACAUGCUGUUUGACGCUAACGACCAGGUGAUGCAGCAGAACAUGGUGUACUACCGCUUCUACCGAGAACAGUGGGGCCUGGAGGAGACGCACUUCCUGCCUCGCCCGGAGGCACUGAGGUACUUUAACCAAACGACCAAGCAGAGGGAAAUGCUGGAGUUUGCACUGAACUACCUACAGACAGAUGAUGAGGAUGUGGUGAGUCCAGAGGAGGUGGCUGCUCCCUCGGCCCCCCCUGACGCUGAGUUUGAGGGGAUAGGAGAUUACGAGGAGUCCUUCGUAGCAGACUGGUGGCAGGAACCCAAAACCAAGGGGGACGCUGGGGAACCUGCAGCCUGACCCCAAACACCAACUCCACCAUGAACACAACCCCUCCCCCAAACAGAAUACUUCUCAAAUCCCCUCUCAAAGAAUAUGGACAGCCCUACAGAGCCAGACCCAUCCAGAAAUGCCAGGGUACUAUAUUUAGUACACCCCACACAUUAAAUUGUUCCAUGGUAUAUAUACAAACACACACAGACACAUCAUUUCACAGCUUAAGGAACACAAAAGGGAGAAUUGACAUUGCCAGUUGCACACAGUUCCACACACACACACACACAAACAAACACACAAACACACACAAACACCCACACAGGACUUAUUGAAGGUCAGAGCUGUCCAUGUCUGAACUGAAAGCUAAAUGGUGCAUCUGUUUUUGGCAUAAGGAGAGAGGGAAAAGAAAGGGAAAGGGGGGACACCUAGUCAGUUGUACAACUGAAUGCCUUCAACUGAAAUGUGUCUCUUCCGCAUUUAACCCAACCCCUCGAAAGGUGUAUUAUAAAUGUUAAUACUGUAUGACUGUUAUUGUUGUUGUUGCCUUUCUUAUUUCAUGAAAUGAUUUGCCUUUGUGCCUUAGCCCUGGUAGUAUGGCACUGAUCGAUGCCUUCUGUCAAUAUCUAGGAUGUUUGAUGUUGAAUUCUGACCUAUUGGAGGCGUAUUUUGUCGGUCCAGCGGUAAGAUAAAAAUCCACACAAAAUUCUAAGUGAACAACGGCAGAAAGUGUGGAAUAAAGUGACGUAUUAUUUUA